AACUCAUUCAUUCAUCAUUCACAUAGUGAUCAUCAAGUGGAAGAGGUAGAGAGAAAUUAAGAGUGAAUAGUAAUAGUAAACAUGGCACAUCAAGAAGUGAAUAAUGGUAGCAACAACCGUAUAGUAGCCGUCAAUGUGACCCCUUCUAGCACACCAUCUUAUAACCAUGAUGACUCCUCAAAGCAAGAUCAGAAACCAGGAUGGAAGAAGUUUUUGGCAUAUGUAGGUCCUGGUUUUCUUGUCUCCUUGGCCUACCUUGAUCCCGGAAAUAUGGAAACUGAUUUGCAAGCUGGAGCUAACCACGGAUAUGAGCUGUUGUGGAUCAUACUUAUUGGACUCAUAUUUGCCUGCAUAAUUCAAUCAUUGGCUGCAAAUCUUGGAGUAUGCACCGGUAAACACCUUUCAGAAAUUUGUAAAGCUGAGUACCCAUGGUUUGUGAAAUACUGUUUAUGGAUAUUAGCAGAACUUGCUGUCAUAGCUGCAGACAUACCUGAAGUGAUUGGGACGGCCUUUGCACUAAACAUACUAUUCCACGUCCCUGUAUGGGGAGGGGUUCUGUUGACUGGGUGCAGCACUCUCUUGUUUUUGGGUCUACAAAGAUUUGGGGUGAGGAAGUUGGAACUGCUGAUUUCAAUUCUAGUAUUUGUAAUGGCUGCAUGUUUCUUUGGUGAAUUGAGCUAUGUAAAACCCCCUGCUAAAGGAGUAAUUGAGGGAAUGUUUGUUCCCAAACUCAACGGAAAUGGAGCUGUAGGCGAUGCUAUUGCCCUUUUGGGUGCCCUUAUCAUGCCGCACAAUCUUUUCCUCCACUCUGCUCUAGUGCUAUCUCGAAAAAUACCUGGUACCAAGCGCGGCAUCAAUGAUGCAUGCAGAUACUUUCUCAUUGAGAGUGGUUUCGCGUUGUUUGUUGCAUUUCUAAUCAAUGUUGCAAUGAUUUCUGUGACUGGCACUGUUUGCAAGGCUGAUGAUAUUUCUGGAGAGAAUGUUGAUCGUUGCAAUGAUAUUACCCUUAACUCCGCUUCUUUCCUUCUCCAGAAUGUGUUGGGACGUUCAAGCUCAACUAUUUAUGCCAUAGCAUUGCUAGCUUCAGGACAAAGUUCUGCCAUCACUGGAACCUAUGCAGGCCAGUUUAUCAUGCAGGGUUUCUUGGACUUGAAGAUGAAAAAAUGGAUAAGGAACUUGGUGACUAGGAUUGUUGCCAUAGCACCAAGUCUAGUUGUCUCUAUCAUUGGUGGUUCUUCUGGAGCUGGAAGACUCAUUAUCAUUGCAUCGAUGAUACUUUCUUUUGAGCUUCCAUUCGCUUUAAUUCCACUCCUUAAGUUUAGCAGCAGCAGGACCAAGAUGGGACCUCACAAGAAUUCUAUCAUUAUCAUUAUCAUCUCAUGGAUACUGGGUUUGGGAAUCAUUGGAAUCAAUGUGUACUACCUCAUUACUGCUUUUGUGGGUUGGAUUAUUCACAACAGUCUACCAAAGGUGGCAAAUGUGUUCAUUGGGCUCAUAGUGUUCCCUCUAAUGGCACUGUAUAUCGUCUCAGUUAUCUAUCUAACAUUCAGAAAAGACACUGUUGUAACGUUUGUGGAGGUUAAGGAUGACCCGUCAAUGCAAACCCAUGUGGAAAAGGGGUUUGUAAACGAUGGUCAGUUAGAGUUGAGUUAUACUCCUUAUAGAGAAGAUUUAGCUGAUAUCACCCGACCAGAGGGACCUAGGUUGUGAGUCAAAUGCAGCACCAACUUCACAUUGCUUUCAAGUCAUUUUAGAGAGCAAUGAGAAUCUAAGGAUGGCUAACUCUCAAAAUGAAUGUGUACCACUGUAAAAUUUUGUUAAGUUUCAUUGUUUCUAUGUUACUGCAUAAGUUUAAAAGAAAACUAGAUUGGCAUAAGCCCCAAAAUGGUCUUCAAAUUUCUACAAUAAUCCACUCCCCAAAUAAUAGAUAGCUGUCAGUGUUUCCAUUAAAGUCAAAGGCACCAGUGAAGAGAAGAUCUUAUAUCCUGUACUCGGUGUAUAUCCGACAUUAUUUCUGAAAAUGUUACUCUUGUUCCUUUUCUUCUGUUUUUUCUACCUUGUACUCAGGAUGAUAAAAUACAGGACACUGCAUUAAUAAAAUCCUCACUAUUUCUAUGUUAA